AUGUCGGUUGUGUGCCCCAGCUGCAAAAGCGCGCAGCGCCUGAGCUUCUGGGAGCUUCAUGCUCGACUCGGGCAGUGCUGGGAGCUGGAGAUCAAGGAACACGCCUUCGCGGCGGAGCGGAUGCUGAGGUUCGGCCCCUCUUUGAAGUUCCCCGGCGAGGAGUCUCACGAGGUGGGCCCCAUUCACGUGGACGACGAGUCUUCCUCCGUAUCCCCAGGCAAAAGCAGGUCUGAGUCUCGAAGGAGCCUUACGGCCAUGACGCCCUGCUUGACUCCGUCACAGCGCCACGUUGUCCCUCCCGAGGAGGCCGCGCACGAGCUGGAUUUGGCUGCGGUUCCCAGCCCUGGUGCGCUAUCAGGCAUGAGCACCUCUCAGAGGAGGAACAGCAUGCGCGGCUUCGCGGUGGUUCCUGGGCAGCCCACCCACGAUUCGCACGAGGACAUUCAUGGUGGGAAGCGUCCUGUACUGGACCGGCAACAAAGCAGAAACAGCUCGGACUUCCGGUGCCAACUCGCGGUGGGCCGCCGCCGCAGUGCCAAAGUGAGCGAAGCGAACCACGCCCACCCAGAACGCAUCGCCAGCCUGAAGGUGGCCGAGUCUAUGGGAGAGGAUAUGGCUCCUCACGAGUGCUGGCAACAACGAUCCUCCAAAUCGACACGGCCGAUGCCCAGCCCGCGUGGUGCAAUGACGCGAGGCUCUACUCAAGGAGCUACUCAGGGGAUCAGUGAGAAGGGCCUCAACAAGGAUGCUCCGGCUGGGCUGGCACGUUUCGUGGCUACACCUGGGCGGCCGUUGCGCAACGCGUGGGAUAUCCUGGCAGUGGUUUUCCUGGUGCAUGACAUGAUCGUCAUCCCGCUGCGCUUCUUCGACAUGCCCGCUGCCCUGUUCCUGGAAAUUCUGGCCUGGUUCACGCAGGUGUUUUGGAACCUGGACAUCAUUGCAUCCUUCAUGACUGGGUACUACGAAGACGGUAACUUGAUCCUGCGACCAGUGAAGAUUGCGAAGAAUUACUGCCAGUCUUGGCUCAUGUUCGACCUCACAGUCGUGAGUCUCGAUUGGCUGAUCCUCUUCCUGGCAACGGACAGCGACGCGCAAGGCGUACACCGCCUCUCGAAGACGGUCCGCCUGCUGCGCUUUCUCCGCAUGGUGCGAAUCUUGCGCCUGGCCAAGAUCAGCCGAAUGUCCGAGGCGGUGCAGGAGCAGAUACAAUCUCAAUCCGCCAACAUCCAGUACAGCCUCUUCAAGAGCAUAUUCCGUUUGCUUCUGCUUACUCACCUCAUAGCGUGCUCCUGGUACGGCAUUGGCAGACUCAGUGAUGAGAGCGACGGCCAGGAGAGGAGCUGGAUCAUGGAGUCCAGCCUCGUCGAGCGGACCCUGUCCUAUCAGUACACCACGAGCUACCACUGGGCACUUUGUCAGCUGGGCGUGGGGGGCAUCGCCAUCUACCCCACCAACACCUACGAGCGCUCCUUCGGAAUCUUCUCGGCUUUUACGGCGCUGAUGACGUUUUCCACCUUGGUUAGUAAGAUGACCUCGCUCAUGUCCUCCCUGAACAAACUCAAGGACGAGGAGAUGGAGCAGUUCCGAUUGUUGCGACGCUACCUCAUCUACAACGACAUCCCGCUUCACCUUAGCCAGCGCAUCGUCCGGUUCUUGCAGCAUGGGUACCGCAUGCGCCACGAGGCGCUAUCGGCGGGCAGCCAUUUGCCCAUCCUCGACUUGCUGUCCGAGUCGCUGCAAGGGGAGCUGCAGUUCGAACGCUACCGGGGCUGCCUCUACGAGCUCAAGUUCACGGAGCGCCUACUCGCCUUGGAGAACCGACAAACGGUGCAAGUCUUGCACAAGCUGUCCAUGAACGCGCUGGCGAAUACCGUGGUGGCGCACGACGACGUGCUCUUCUGCAGCGGCGAUCUUGCCACAGCUGCAUACUUCGUACAAAGCGGGCACAUGAACUAUCACGAUGAUUUCGGAGAUGAACCGUCUCCAGUGGAAGGGCACAACUGGAUCGCGGAGAUGACCUUGUGGACACCCUGGGUGCAUCUCGGAGACCUCGUGGCUGAGGACGUGUCGCGCCUGGUGGUGCUUCAAGUGGACGCCUUUUGCAAAGUUGUGGGAGACAGCAACGAAUGCCGCUCUGUGGCCGUGGUGUAUGCCAAGGAGUACGUGGAGCACCUGAAGCUCGUCCAGGAUUUGUCCGACAUUAUGCAGAAUCCGAAAACCUCCAAGACCAUGAGCAAGCAGAACUCGAUGCGACCUGCCGCCUCUUGGUGGAGCUGCCUCUUCGGCAAGGAUCACGUGAAGCAGCUGACCUGA